AUGCCUGCUACUACUACAGUUCAACCCUCAGUUACAGCCCAUGUUCAUCCUCUCGUCUUGCUUUCUGCAACAGAUCAUUACAAUCGUGUCGCCAAGGACACCAAGAAGCGCGUAGUGGGUGUAUUGCUUGGUCAGAAUAAGGGAAAGACUGUCAAUGUCUCCAACAGUUUUGCUGUUCCUUUUGAAGAGGAUCCCAAGGACCCCUCUGUCUGGUUUUUAGAUCACAAUUACGUGGAAGCAAUGAACGACAUGUUCAAAAAAGUCAAUGCAAAGGAAAAGUUGAUCGGUUGGUAUCAUAGUGGACCCAAACUUCGUUCCUCAGAUUUAGAAAUCAACGAAUUGUUCAAAAGAUACACACCCAAUCCCGUGCUUGUUAUUGUCGAUGUCAAGCCAAAUGAUGCAGAAAUCCCUACCGAUGCUUAUUUCGCCAUUGAAGAGAUCAAGGAUGACGGCACCACCACCACAAAGACAUUCAUGCAUGUACCAUCAGAAAUUGUAGCAGAGGAAGCUGAGGAAAUUGGUGUAGAACACUUGUUGCGAGACAUCAAAGACAAUGCAGUUGGCACAUUGAGCACCCGUAUCACCUCUCAAUUGGGAUCUUUGGGAGGACUUCAGGGCCGUCUUGAAGAGAUUCGCGACUAUUUGCAAAAAGUCGUUAGCGGUAAACUGCCUGUCAACCAUCAAAUCAUCUACAACUUGCAAGACAUCUUCAACCUUCUGCCCAACCUGGAAAACAGCGACAUGGUCAACUCAUUCAGCACAAAGACAAACGACCAAUUAUUGCUGAUUUACUUGUCCAGCAUGAUUCGUGCUGUCAUUGCGCUCCACAACUUGAUUGAUAACAAGAUUGAUAACCUCAAGAGUGAGAAUGCUUUGGAAAGUGCAGAGUCGUCAGCAACAGCUCAGGUGGAAAAGGAUGUCAAGGAUUUAGAUGUGGAUGGCGGAAAGGAGGCUGCUGGUGCAGACAAGUCUUCCACCGACAAGAAUGAUGAUAUGCAAAUUGAUUAA